AUGAAGAAAUUGUCGACCAAGGUGUCUCCUUCCCCCUGCCCAGAACCCGUCACACUUCACUUACCCACAGCCCAAGAGGAUGGCCAGGCGAAGGACCCUCAGCCAGACAGCGUUGAUGGACAGAGCAUGGUUAAGGGAGAGGUGGAGAGGGAGGGACAUUGCUGUAAGCGUUGUUCGCUGAGGGCCAUACAGCGUGUGCUAUGGGGAAUAGUGUUUGGAGGCUGCGUAGCCGUCUUAUGGGCCGGGGCCAUCCAUAGUGCCAAAGAGGCCCUGACGAAACUUCACGCCCCCUUCUUCAUCAUCUGGUUCUGCAGCAUCUGGAACUUGUUCCUGUUUCCUGUUUACUACCUGGGCCACGUACUGGGAGCAACACAGAGACAGUGGCCUGCUACCCAGUUCAGAAAGUGCAGUCAAUUCUUGGGAGAGGGGGAUGUGACGGUGAGAGCGAUCCUGAAAGGAGCAGCUCCGUUCUCUGUGCUCUGGAGCCUCUCGGGUUACCUGUACCUCCUCGCUCUCCGCCGGAUCUCCACAAGCGAUGUGAGUGCCAUCCUGUGCUGCAGCCAGGCCUUUACCUUUCUCCUCUCCUGGAUUGGGCUGAAGGACCGCUUCAUGGGCGUGAGAAUAGUGGCAGCCAUACUCUCCAUCACUGGCAUUGUCAUGUUGGCUUAUGCAGAUGGUUUUCACAGUGACUCAAUAGCAGGAGUGGCUCUGGGAGUCGGCUCAGCUUCAACAUCUGCCCUUUAUAAGGUGCUCUUUAGGAAGCGUGUUGGGGAGGUCCAGCCGGGUCCAGCCAGUGUGCUGCUGUCUUGUGUGGGACUAUGCAGUUUUUUGCUUCACUCUUGGGUUUGUGUGUUUCUCUACCUCACACAUGUGGAGUACUGGCCCCCCACCCAGCUCAUUCCCUGGGAAACGUUAAGUGUCAUGGCUUCCCUUUUGCUUGCUUUUAAUGCGUUGGUGAAUCUGGGAGGUGUGCUGGCGUACCCCACCUUAAUCUCAGUUGGCAUUUUACUCACCAUACCAGCAAGUAAAGCUUUGGAUUCAUUGGUGAUCUCAUCAACCAAGAUCAGCCAAGUCAGGCUAGCAGCUGCCUGCGUCAUCUCAUUGGGAUACUUGCUGUUGCUGCUGCCAGAGGACUGGGACGACACAACUGUGCGCUGGUUUGGGGCCCUUUGGCAGGGCGGCUGGAGGGAGGACAGCGUGGUUGGGGAUGAAACAGGGGCUGAGACUGGGGGAACUGUGAGACCUAAGCCAAAAGUAACUGCGGCCAUAGUAACACUGGCUUAA